CUGUGUGAGCUGAGCACAGACCUCAUUCUCGUUUCGGUUCUCAUACGACAAACAUCUUUUGGAAAAAAACCAAAUUUAUUUAAUUCCAAAUCCUACUUCCGUAACCAGGCUAAUAACAAGAUGUGCAACCCGUGUAUUAGCUCUAUGCCCGGAACCUGCUGUGGACCUACUGGCGGACUGGGUCCCUGCAUGCUCUGCGGACCCUACAACGGCCAAUGGUUCCGAUCCAUCAACCACUGCUGCGGCCCCUGCGGACCAUACGGCUGUUGUUCCUGCUACGGUCCUCACGGUGGUCACUGUUAGCCUGCUUAGAAGGAAAGUAGGAUUUAUCAAAGGAUGUCUAAAACAGGAAAUCGCUGCAGCAAUGAAGCCUCUUCCAGCGAGUGGAGCCCUAGGAAAUAGUACCAGUUUGAAAUGGAUGCAAAACAUUUGUUAGUGCCAGGAGUUGUCGCGACUGAUGCUGGGAACUUUCGAGGAUCUCGCGCUUUUUUAAAACCAACACCAUAGUCGUCAAUAAAUUUUUACGUAUCAAUUAA